AUGAGACAGCUAACAGAGGAAGAGACCAAGGUCGUUUUCGAAAAACUUGCUGGCUAUAUUGGUAGAAAUAUUUCGUUCCUAGUGGAUAAUAAAGAACUUCCUCAUGUUUUCAGGUUACAAAAGGAUAGAGUAUAUUACGUAUCUGAUCAUGUUGCCAAGUUAGCUACUAGUGUUGCAAGACCUAAUCUAAUGUCUUUAGGUAUUUGUUUGGGUAAAUUCACAAAGACUGGGAAGUUUAGAUUACAUAUUACUUCCCUAACAGUAUUAGCUAAGCAUGCCAAGUAUAAGAUAUGGAUCAAGCCUAAUGGAGAAAUGCCAUUUCUCUAUGGUAAUCAUGUGUUGAAGGCGCAUGUGGGUAAAAUGUCAGAUGAUAUACCAGAGCAUGCCGGUGUCAUUGUGUUUGGUAUGAAUGAUAUUCCAUUAGGGUUCGGUGUCAGUGCAAAGAGUACCUCAGAGUCAAGAAACAUGCAACCCACUGCUAUAGUUGCUUUCAGACAAGCCGAUAUUGGUGAGUAUUUGAGAGAUGAAGACACAUUGUUUACUUGA